GAGAUGGGAUUGAGGUGUGUUAUCUUGUAUGUUAUUGAUUUAUUUAAUGAUCCAGUUUGAAAUGCAAAGGUAAAACUGCGAACGUUACUGUGGGGUUGCAGUCAACAGGCCAAAUAGUGUAUCUAGCUAACGUUAGCUAGCUAUCGUACUUCGGGUGUCGUACAGUAGGCACACACACACUUGCAAGAUUAUAUACACUAUAUAGUAAAUAAUAAUUGUGAUAACAUUGUGAAAGAUUUACAUUAUAAUUUCGCACAGUAAGUCACCGUGCGUGAUAUUGUGUAUGGUUUGCUACGUUUAUAAAGUAGUAAUAGAUUUUAGCGCAAGGAUUGCUAGCAAGUUAUGCUAGCCGCGCUAGCUAAGUUACUUAGAACAAGGGCGGUGGAGUUUGUUAGCCAGUUCGCUAGCCAACAUAGUUGAUUAUGGGCUACAGCCCGUUUCCACAAUAAAAUCAGUCAAGCUAACAAGAGUAUUGAGUCUGAAAUCAAUACAGUUUAUUCUUCAUUUAAAAGACUGGGAGAUUGUGUCCUAGUCUAGUGUUACUGUAGCCGCACGUAAAUGUUCACCAAAAUUCAAUAAAAUAAUUUGCAGAAUAAUUUGAGAAUAUGGCACAAUGCCAGGUCAUUCUAUAAAUAUAAUGAUUGUGAUAUAGACUCAGAACAAAAAUAAAUCAAUGUUCUGUACAAAUAGUGUUUUUAGACAUUCUUUGUAGUGCCAUACCAAGUAGGCCUGUGUCAGUCAAAUGAUUUUAGGUAUAUUAUUAUAUAUUAUUGAUUUAUAAUGCAAUUUGUCUGUGUGUACAGGUCCCUUGGACAAAGAACUGGAGGGAUUACCUUGUGGAAGUUACAGUGCAUUUGAAAAGUAUUCAAACUCCUUCACUUUUUCCGCAUUUUGUUACGUUUGUUACGCCUUGUUCUAAAAUGUAUUAAAUCACCCCCCCCCCCAACUUACACCCAAUACCCCAUAAUGACAAAGUGAAAACAGGUUUUUAGAAAUGUUUGCAAAUGUAUAAAAAUACAAAUAAACUUACACAUUUCUUUUUUGCUUUGUCAUUAUGUAGUAUUGUGUGUAGACUGAGGGGGUGGGGACGAUUUAAUACAUUUUAGAAUAAGGCUGUAAUGCAACAAAAUGUGGAAAAGUGGAGGGGUUUGAAUACUUUCUGAAUGCACUGUACCUGUAAUACACAGUGGAUAUUUUUCCCCUAAGGAUGGAUUUGGUGGGAGGUGAACUUUGCUAUUGCAAGGCUGUCCUCUGGCGAGGCAGUAGGUGGGUGGUGUGCAGCUGGCCUCGGCACCGGGAGAGGCCCCCUCGCCCGCCCCCCCUCCCCCCCUGUGCUGCAUGGCUGCGAUGGCGCCCGCUCUAACCGACGCGCCGGCCGAAGCUCACCGCAUCCGCUUCAAACUGGCUCCGCCCUCCUCCAACCUCUCCUCGAGCGGUGUGGAGAGCAACGGCGGCACCAGUCACAUCCUCGUCUCCAGCAACGGCGCUGUCAAGCGCAAGGCCUCUGAAGAGCGCGGUCCCCACGGGGGGUCCAUCACAGGUAAGGGGAAUGAGGAGCUGACGCGAAGCAACGAGGCUUCUUCCACACCUCUUGGGAAACUACAGCCGCUGGUGGCGUCGUACCUGUGCUCAGACGUGACGUCCGUUCCCUCUACCAAGGAGUCACUUAAGCUGCAAGGCGUCCUGCUGCAGAAACACGGCCUUCUGCCCAGCUUCCUGCCCAGGAAACACAAGACACUGGAGCUCUCAGAGGAGCAGCUCAAGAGCAUCAUGAGUAACAGCAGAGGAGGUGGUCCCCCUGCCCUGUCAAGCCCACCGGUCAACGGCGUGGCUAAGAAGUUUGCCAAAAACGGGCCGGACCGGGACAGUAUGACAACGGUCAAUGGAGGUAAUAACAGGCCUCCUGCUGGACAUGGACUGGACUCCCCGGUGCCCCAACCCAACACGGCUGCCUCUAGAGGAAACUCUCCUAUCAAUGGGGGAGGGGAGCACCAGCAGCCCACAGGACUGUCCUACAACCCUGCUGGAAACCCUGAACAGCCAGCACCCCCCGCAGCCUCCACCAACACCCCUAUGGACUGCCCCGACAGCAAACCCUCCGAACGGCCACCAUCGCUGGCCACGGACACAUCAUCCCUUUCCCCAACGGACCGACAGACCUCCCUGGGCAUGGGCAGCCUUGGAGUGGACGUUAAGGAGCGGUCUCAGCAGAGCAAGAGCCGGCAGGGUGAGAUUGAGGGGCGUCUACGGCGCCUGAGGAAGCGCCUCCAGGUGGUUCAGGCCAAGCAGGUGGAGCACCACGUCCAACAGCAGCUGGGUGGGCUCCUGGAGAGCACACUGGGGCCACUGGAUGCCCUCCGAACUGGCGGGAGACGAGGAGGCCAGGACGCCCCUCUCACCCUGCAGGAGAGGGAGGGGCUUGGGCGAUUCCUGAAGGACGGUUCUGUACCGGCGGAGCUGGAGCGUCUGUCCCUCAGCUGCACCACCAACCUGAGGUCCACGGAGAGCGCCUUCGACUCGGACGCCACAGAGAGCAGCUCCGGAGGAGAGACUGACGUGGAGGAGGACGAGCUCACCAAGGUGGACAUCGAGCAGCGACACAUCUCUCUAUGGAGACGUGCGGAGGGGCGCUACGCGGUGGAUAGGGCCUCCAUAGUCAGCCACUGGAACUGGCUGCAGGCCCACGUGUCUGACCUGGAGUACCGCAUCCGCCAGCAGACGGACAUCUACCGCCAGCUCCGCUCCAACAAGGAGUGCGGCUCAGACGGUGGGGCCGAAGGUCCCGGAACGGUCUCCGUGGAAACGGGCCUGAGGAAAGGUUGCGCGCCCGGGAGACAGGUCAACGGGAUCAUCAACAGCCUGCGGCCUGGCUCUCCAGAGUGUUUUGACCUGGAAAAGCAGCUGAGGAAGCAGCAGCAGAGCCUGCCCUCGUCCCAGCCCCAGCUACCGUGCUCCCCUCAGGACGACACGUGUGUGGCGGCCCGCACACGCCCCCUCCUCAGCUGCAAGAGACGACGCCUCGUCAGGCCGAGCACCGUCACCAACCUCAACCGCAAGGGCCAGAGGCUGUGCGUACAGGGUCCUCGCUGCGGCUGCGAGGUCAACCCCCAGUGUAUGACGUGUGGCGGCCGCACCCUCUCCUCCUCUGACGUCCAGUACGAGCGCCCUCUACUGGAGAGGCUGUCCCAGUUCGACCCCUGCGUGCACCCCAUCCUCUCCCUCUCAGACGACGUGACGAUGAGUCUGCACCUGCAGCGCGUCCUGAAGUCCCACUGGAACAGCCGGCCCCUGGAGAAGAUGAAACCCCUGAAGAAGCUCUCCCUGAAACACAAGCUCUCCGUGGGACGCCCUCACGACCCCUCCGCCUCCUUCACCUCCAAAGACAAACACAAGAUGACCAACUCCCUCCUCUCCACAGUCCGCCUGUCCCACCACAAGGUGCGUUCAGAGAAGCUACACAGGCAGCAGCUGGACAGCCUGCUGGGGUCCACCAAGCUGGAGGGCCGCCCCCACUACCGAGGGGAGCAGGGGCACGGGCCCUACGACAAGAGCCACGCACGCAAGAGGCCCCGAGAACACUCGCUGUCGCUGGACAGUAUGGACAACACCCCUAAGCUGUACCUGGAUGGGGGCAGUCUGUGCCCGUCUCUAUCUGCUGGGCUCCCCGCUCACAGCUCCCUGUUCCGACAGCUGUCAGCCUCCUCAGAGACUUGCUCUGUGCACUUCACCUCCUUCAACAGCAGCCUGAGGGACAACAGCGCCCCGCAUCAGCCCAUCCGCAGGAGGAGGGGAGAGAGCUCCUUUGACAUCAACAACAUCGUCAUCCCCAUGUCUGUGGCUGCCACCACCCGCGUGGAGAAGCUGCAGUACAAGGAGAUCCUCACCCCCAGUUGGAAGGAGGUUGACAUUUGUGCUAAGCCUAUCGCUGAGGAGGCUGACAUUGAGGAGAUUGAGGACCUGACAGACACUGCGUUCUCCCAGCUGCACCAGCCCUGCGAGGACCAGGAGCGUUCCCGCUGGAGCUGGACGGCCAGCGCCAUCGCCAAGAGGAGAGGCAGCCGUUCGUAUGUCAGUGGACGGUUGGAUGGUCGCACUACUCCCCUACUGAGCAGCACCAACCCUUCCACGCCGCAGCCCUCCUCCCCAGACACAGCCCAUUUCCACGCCCUGCAGGACUACGGCAGUGCCGCCUCCCCCUGCUCCCCGGCCAGCCCCGACCUGCUAUCCUACCCUUACACCCCAGGAUGUUACACAGCGGUAGGGUACUCCUACACCCCUAUAGGCUCCAGGGACUCCCACCGCCUGCUCUCCAACGAAGACACGCGCUGCUCCACACCUGAAGGCACCUACGAAGAACUGGUUCCCAUCCCAGUACACCCGUGGGACCGGAGGAGCUUCCCCCUGGAGAGCGACCCGCCGCCGGAGCCCGAGGAGCAGCCAGGGAACGCCGAGGAGCGCCCCUAUAGAACCAUACGCCACAUCUCCGGUUGCAAGACGGGCUCGUCCAGGUCCGAGUCCGACACCGGGGGUCCCCCCUCGCCGCUCCUUCCCCCUGACGAUAGCAGCAAGCAGAAAGCCCCCUCCACCACCACCCUCACCACCACUCUCACCAGACCCUCCCACCGAUGAACGAAGGCUCUCACUGCAUAAAGGACUCAACACUUUUUUUCUUUCACAAGAACUACAUCAACAAUGGAAUAAUGGACUCCUGUUGUUUGAUAUUCAAACAUCAGUCAAAUUCUUUCACAGUUUUUAGUGAACAUAGACCGAGCCCCGCAUCAGAAAUCCGUUUUGUUCUUUUCUUGCUCACUGAAAUGGAUAAAUAUAUAUUAAAGUGAAUGAAAAAAGGAGAGCAAUUAAACUGAAAGCUGAAUUUGUGAUGAGCAGGGCAUAUAGAGUUACUUCCUGUUUCUGGGCCAAUGGGCUGAGGGCUAAGCAGCCACUCAGGCAGUGUGUGUAGCUUUCUUUUGCCCCAUGUCAGUUUUAAAAUGGAGUAAAACAAAAAACAGCAAUGCCUUGUUGUCAUAGCUUGUUAUGUUGUCACCUUGAAUCAACCUAAUAUUUGACCCUCCCCAGAGAAUUGGCGUGAACCUGCAAUGUUCCUUUCAGCACUUGUUUCACAGAGCUGUUGUAGUAAUCUGAGUUUGCCAUUUUCCUUGACGUCUGUCUGUGCUUUUCGUUCAUCUGUUUGUCUGCAUUGGUAUAGUUGUUUUAUACAUAUAGGUUUAAUAAGAUAUUUCCUUUCGACCCCGUCACAUAGACUGAUGGAACAAGUGGUUGUGGGCGGUGUAUAAAAUCAUUUUAGCACGGCAAGUAACACCACCCUCAAUAUGAUAUUACACGAGUUUGAAUAAAUCAUUCAAUCAAAUAAACCAAAGUGAAACAAAUAAUCAUGUGAACUAAUUAAAACGACAGGGAAAAAAAUGCAUCACCUCUCCUACAUAGGAAUGAUUCUAUAGAAAUGGAGGGAUUUGAUAUGAGUGUUAAACUGUGUGCAUAUUGAAUUUCUGUCUUCAUUUUCUUUGUGGUGUGCGUGCGGUUAUUUCACGCUUUUCUGAUUGGUUUGGAGAAUGUGCAAGAAAUCACUAAAGCGUGCAGUCAGGUUCCAAUUACAAAGAAAGCUUGUAUGUUUUUGAAUGUAGUAUUUUGGCUUUAUCUUGACUCAAGGUCCUUCAUUAUUCACUCUAUUUUAAAUUUCUGUACCCGAGCUAUUGACACGGGUUGCCGUAGUUCACAUCCGAUGCAACGUUUCCAGCUUGUAAUGCAUAAUUGCCAUGCAAUUUGCAUGUCACUUGGUAGAGUAAAAGAGAACAUGAGAGAAAUUAGGGAAAAAUAUGUAAAUGUACCUAAUUAAUCUCGUUCCUGUGUCAGUGUUUUUUGGAAUUGCACAAGGCAGAUAAUGUCAAUGUUGGAUUGUCAAUGCAGUUCCAGAAUUGGAUUAAAAUCUUUUUGGGAGUUCAAAUGUCAAAUGCUUUUCAUGUAACAAUGCAAAAGAAAACUCCAAGUUUGGGUUGUUCAUUAGAGCAGACGAAUGGAAAAUGUUGUGUAAUGGUUUCAAAAAAAAAAGUCCAGGUAGUCCCUGCCGUUUGGUGCAUACUGAACACGGCCCAGUCGGCUGCCCUAGUUCCCAGCACCCCCUGUUGUGUCCCUCCCAGCAGAUGAAGUGGAGCAUUGUACAGAAAGCCUCUAGACGAAUCUCUCCAUCUAAAAAGGCUUUUUAUGUUUGAGUCACUUUAAGUCAGAAGGCUGUGGCCAUCACACACACAGGAGGCUAUGUGGGGAUUUAUCAGUUGUGGAGUCACUUUGACCAUGCCCAUCUCACCAACCCUCCCGCCGCCUGGCCGUUUCUACUUGGUCACUUUAAGUUAAAACCACAUGUUCGCCCCAACCAAUACCCUGCUCUUGUUCCAAUUACUGCUAAUCAUGUCAUGUUUGAGUCUAAGAAAAAAAAUAAGAAUGUGUGUGGGGGGGGAAUCCUUCAGAUCACUGUUCAUUUGAGCCUUUAUUGUCUCCACCCGCUUCCUUGAUUCUGCUGUCUGUCAUUGCGAGGAGGUAAUGUGAGGUCUUCACUGGUGAAUCCUUUGAAUCUUUCUCCCAUAAGUCUAUACUCUUGGUCGGUCCAGACAGACUGACCAAAAGACAAACCUGACUCAAUUUCUAGGGACCAUCGAUGCCUGUCCCUAUCCAUUAUUUCUCCUCACAGAAGUCCCCGUCAUGAAUCAUGAUCAACUAUGGUUUGUCUGCGAGUGGGGAUCAGAGGACCCACCAGAAACUGUUUCGAUGUACAAGAAGGUUUGACUAGCGUUAAACAGAUAUUGUAUUGUCUGGGCUAUUUUCAUACUUUCCAACGUGGUGUGUGGGGGUGGGUGAGUCUGGUAUAUCCUUUAGCAUGUAAUAGUUUGUACAAAAAGUAUAUUUUGUAAAUAACUUAACUGUUUGACGUUCAGGCUGUAGCUGUCCUGAUUGUAUAGGGAGAAGACACGACAAGUACAAAAUAUUGAUCUUUUCUUUAUGCAGAGGUAACAAACAAAAAAAGUGUAUGAUUGAUGAAUCCGACGGGCAGGCAGCGUUUGUGCUUCUCAAAAUAAAAGUGAAUUAUAUUGUA